CCUGCAACUGUCACUUGUCUUGUUUACCACAUGAAAAAUUAAAAGAAAAAUAGAAAAAAAUUUUUUUUAAGCAAAAAUGUUGAAGUCAGUGAGAGGACUUGUAACACUUACACGAAAUAUAAACAAAUUUCCUGCUGUCAGAUGCUUCUGCAGUGAUUUGUCCCUCAAAACGCUUUAUCCAAACAGUUCCUUGAAGAUUACGACACCGACUCCCCCCCCAAAAGGCGAAAAAUUCAAUGGAUUCAUCCCGAUGAACGAACUUGAAGUCACCUACAGUCGCAGUUCGGGUCCCGGAGGGCAAAAUAUUAACGUCGUCAACACAAAAUGCGAUCUUCGGUUCAAAUUUGAGAAUGUUACGUUCAUCCCGGAGGAAACAAAAAAACGUUUAAUGGAACAAUAUAAAAAUCGAAUCACGAAAGAAGGAUACUUUGUGCUAAAAAGCGAACUUACCAGAUAUCAAGCCCUGAACCUCGCGGACUGCCUUGAAAAGCUAAGAACCCUCAUCCGGAGCGCUGAAGUGCCGGAAAAGAAGGAAUUGAGCCCGGAAAAGAAAGAAUCACUGCAAAAGCGUCAAGAACGGGCGAACAGAGAGCGACUUUUAGUGAAGAGACAUCGAUCGCAAGUCAAAGCUGAUCGACAAGCAACCGGUUUUGAGUAG